CUAUGAUGAACGGGGCAUAGAGAACAGCGUAGCAGACACGAAGAGAUGUUUAAAUCACGAAAAAUCGGCGGACCGAGCCGAUGGAAGGUCUCCAAUAUGUUCAAGACAAAACAGGUUGUUGCUGGUACAUUAGCGAUAUCAUGCCUAACAUUUUUCAUAACAAGAAGUAUUCCAUUUACUAUAACUGCAGCUAUUGGAUGCUGUAUAUGGUCCCCACUGAUGGCUCUCCUUAGUUGGCAGUCGGUCCUCGAUGCAUGGUUGGCGUUCUCAGUCUUAGAACAUAUAAUUAUUAGUUUAUUAUUACGGUUAUUAUUAGCGGCGUUACAGGCUUUGAUCGGGGUUGUUAUAUUUGUGCCAUUAUUGAUGUAUUUGCUGUUACAAUUGACCGUGAUCACAAUCUGCACUGCUGUUCGUUUGUGUGCAAAGAUCGGGAGUGUUGCCUCCACUAAAUCAUGGGAUGUUCUACAACCUUUAUACCAGUGGGGACACCAGAUACUCCUUAUGAAAAUUCUAGAAGACUGUGUACAAGGCAAAGAAGUUAUAUUCCCACUGCCAAAUAAAUGGUUAGCAUUGACAGUCAUGAUUGUUAUGCUGUGGUCGAAGUUUGAAAGAAAGUUUCCCCAUCUGAGCACCAGUCACCAUAGCAAUAUUAGGUACUUUGCAAAAUACAUUCUUCAUCCAUUGCAUAAUAUAUUUCUUAUCAUGUUGGCAUUUCCGUCUAAUUUACAUAUUGUUCACGUAAGCAUAGCUUUAUUUUAUGUCAUUUUCACAGAGAACUUUUUCCAAGAUUUCAUAAUAUUUCUGUUAGAAGAUUAUGGUUAUUUAUUUUUGAAGUAUGUUUAUUAUUGUAUCCCUCAUUUUGCUCGUAAAAUCUGGACGCUGUUAGAACACAUGCCAGGAUUUGAAGAACAGUAUGUGAAGAUAUGUUAUGAAAUUGGUACGGCGUGUAUGGCAGCGGCCAUUAUCCUCUGCAGUGUUGCUCUCGAAAAUUACGAAUCUUCAAUUUUACUAGCUGUGGUGUUCUUAACUAAUGUAGCGAUCCCCAUGGGAACGGCACAAAAAUUAGUUUCACAAUUGCAGAGGGAAUUUGCUGAGAUUGACCACUUUAAGCGAGCAUCCGCGUAUCAACUCUCGCAAAUCAAUGAUGUCUGUGCUAUUUGCUGGUUGCCAUUGGAGACCACUGUUGUGAUAACAAGAUGUGGGCAUUUCUUCCAUGGACGAUGUUUAGAAAAGUGGAUUGUUAUAAAAGAGACUUGUCCUCUUUGUAAUCGAGAUGUUCAUGUUAGCACCUAGUUGCUAACCCUUUAUACAAUGCUUGUGUUUAUACAUUACAGGGUCUGUCAAAACUUGGGUGUAUGUAUGGAAUAUUUAAUUGAUAUGAUACAGAAAGAUGAUUUUGUGAAUGUUUGGCAAUGAUAUCAGACUAGAACUGCAUUAAUCUGAAUCAUAAACACUAUUCCGAAUCCUGAACACUAUCCCAAAAACUGAACCCUUGUUUAAAUUGUGAACAUUAAUCUAAAUCCUAAACACUAAUCAGAAUACUGAACCCUUGUUUGAAUAAUGAACAUUAAUCUGAAUCCUAAACACUAUUCCAAAUACUGAACACUAAUCUGUAUCCUGAACACUUGUUCGAAUGUUG